AUGGACUCACAUCUGCAAGGGGUGCAGGACGUCCUGGAAGCCCUGCAGCAGGACAGAGCUGCAGCACAGGCGGCAAAGACUCGCUCAGCAGUACACUCCUUUCCCCUCACAGCUCGCAUGUGGGCACGCGUGCGCUCACUCGUGCUGCUGGUCCUGAUUGCAUGGAGCCUGCCCAUCUCCCUGGCACUUGUGGCGGGGGGUAUUGCCUAUGACUGGGCAUGCCUGUUGGCGGCUAGAAAGGGGGAUGAGCUGAAACGGCGGCUGAGGGUUGCACGAGGCGCUUCGACAAGGGCAAAGAGCUCAAAGGGGCUGCACAUGUGCCGGCACCUGCACAGAGCCGGCUGGCGAGUGGUGCUCGUGGAUGUUCACAAGAACUGGGCAGCAGGAUCCCGAUGGUCCAGCUGCGUGGCCGCCUUCAGAACUUAUCCACUGCCCAACAUGGACCCUGUUGGCUACCUGAAGGCAAUGGAGAAGAUAGCAGUGGAAGAGAAGGCGAAGCUAUUUGUGCCGGUCUCAAUUGCACAGUACAGUGUGUACGAGGCAUUGGCAUCGCAGCGGCUCAGCAGGACUCUGGGAAUCCGCUACUGCACUGCAGAUGCGCCGACAGUGGCGGCUCUCAAUGACAAGAUCAAGUUUAGUGAUCUCUGUCAGCGCAUCGGGGCGUCUGUGCCCAAAGCCUUCCCUGUCACCUCUCCCCAGCAGCUGAUGGAGCUCAACUCAAGGCAAGCCUCAUUUGCAUAUAAGCCGGAGGUGUUUGGGGGCAAGAGGUUCCUGCUGAAGAGCAUCCACUAUGCAGCCACCCACCGAGGCGACAUGUUCACGCUCCCCUGCGAGCCACAGGCUCUGGUGGAUUACAUCAAGACAAUGGGAGAGAUAUCAGAGGCGAGGCCGUGGCAGCUGCAGCAGCUGCUGAGCGGGCGCGAGUACAGCAGCUACAGCGUCGCGCACGAGGGCCGGCUGGUCAUGCAUUCUGAUAACGAGGCCUGCCUCUCCUGCCUAGACUAUGCCCACAUCAACAGCCAGCAGAUCUGGGAUUGGGUGAGGGACUUCUGCAAGAAGACCAAGGUGAGUGGACAGCUGUGCUUUGACUUCAUGAAGGACGACAGUGACGGGCAGCUGUACGCGUUCGAGUGCAACCCCCGCUGCUCCACAAUCCUCCUCAACUUUUACGACCACGUCCACGCGGUGAUUGCUCACGGCAAGGCGCCAUUCGCUCCGCACAACAGCGCGCGCCGCGUGGUCUGGAUCUGGAACGAGGUUGGAGAGCUGCUGUUUGUGCGCCUGCCCAGCUGCCGCAGCUUCAGGGAAGCUGCACGCACUGUGGCGGAACACUGCCGUGAGCUUGUGACUUGCACCGAUGCUGUGCUGGAUGCGUGUGACCCGCUGCCCUUCCUGGGACUGCACUACAUGCAGGUUCCGGCGCUGCUGCUGAGGAACCUGAGGAGGGGAAACCCAUGGAAGAAAGUGGACCUGUGCACUGGCAAGCUGGUGGAGUUGGGAGGAGAUUGA